GAGUGGGAGGGGGUGGGGGCGGGGUGGCGAGCGGCAGCAGCAGCAGGAGGGCAGAGCAGCGACAGCAGCAGCAGCGGGAGGAGUGGAUAGCAGCAGUAGCAGCAGCAGCAGCAGCAGCAGCAGCAGCAGCACGGGAGAGCAGCAGCAGGAGCCAGCAGCAGAAGUCAAGAGCAGCAGCAGCAGCAGCAGAAAACAGCAGGGGUGGAGAGCAGCAGCAGCAGCAGAGACACCCAGAAAGGGAGCCUCGAGUCCACAAAAAGGGUCUCAGGCAGCGACAUAACAGCAGCAGCAGCAGCAGCAGCAGCAGCAGCAACACUAGCAGCAGCAGCAGCAGCAGCAACACUAGCAGCAGCAGCAGCAAAAAGAGCGCAGCAGCCGCACACACACUGCAGCAGCAGCAGCAGCAGCAGCAGCAGCAGCAGCGGUUGCUGCGGCAGCAGCUUCAGCAGUUGCUGCAGCAGCAGCAGCGGCAACGUCAGCUGCAGCUGCUGCUACAGCAGCACCUUGAGCAGCUGCAACACCACCAGCAGCAGCUGCAGCAGAUACUACUGCAGCAGCAGCUGCUGCAGCAGCUGCAGCAGCUGCAGCAGCGAAAGAAGGCCUUUUGA